GUGGACACAAAUCAGUUGUCACAGAGAUGGUUAGAAUUUGAUUGAUGAAUUGUAAAUCCCAGCUAGUGCUGCCAAAGAAAGACAUUUCUCCCAACCAUUCCAGUGCCUUAGAGGUCCACAGACAUCAGGGAAGAAGAUGCAACCAGCAGACAGAAAAUGGCAGCCACCGAAGCGUUAAGGUGGGCCCUUCUAGACAUUUUUGUCUCUGCCCCAAGUUCUUCUCCAUAAUGGCCUGUAACAGCACUUCCACUGAGACUUAUGAAUACUUUCUGCUGAAUGCGAGCAAGGUGUCUGACUCCGGGGUGACCACACUAUCUGCCCCCUUCAGGAUCUCCUUGGCAAUAAUGAUGAUGCUGAUGGUUGUGGUGGGGUUUCUUGGCAACACUGUCGUCUGCAUCAUCGUGUACCAGAGGCCCGCCAUGCGCUCGGCCAUCAACCUGCUGCUGGCCACCUUGGCCUUCUCCGACAUCAUGCUGUCUUUAUGCUGCAUGCCCUUCGCUGCUGUCACCCUGAUCACCGUCAAGUGGCACUUUGGGGAUUCCUUCUGCCGGCUGUCCGCCACACUCUACUGGUUUUUCGUCCUGGAGGGCGUGGCCAUCCUACUCAUCAUCAGCGUGGACCGCUUUCUCAUCAUUGUCCAGCGCCAGGACAAGCUGAAUCCAAGGAGGGCCAAGGUGAUCAUUGCCAUCUCCUGGGCGCUGUCUUUCUGCAUCUCCGUCCCCUCCCUCACAGGCUGGACGUUGGUGGAAGUGCCCACGCGGGCCCCGCAGUGCGUGUUCGGCUACACCGAGUUCCCGGCUGACCGCGCCUACGUGGUGACGCUGGUGGUGGCUGUGUUCUUUGUGCCCUUCAACAUCAUGCUGUGCUCCUAUAUGUGCAUCUUCAACACGGUGCGGAAGACCGCCGUCCGCGUGCACAACCAGUCCGACAGCCUGGACCUGAGGCAGCUCACCAGGGCCGGCCUGCGAAGGCUGCAGAGGCAGCACCAGGUCAGUGUGGACCUGAGCUUCAAGACCAAGGCCUUCACCACCAUCCUCAUCCUCUUCGUGGGCUUCUCGCUCUGCUGGCUGCCCCACUCCGUCUACAGCCUCCUGUCUGUCUUCAGCCGGCGGUUUUACUGCAGCUCCUCGUUCUACGCCACCAGCACCUGUGUUCUGUGGCUCAGUUACCUCAAGUCUGUCUUCAACCCCAUCGUCUACUGCUGGAGAAUCAAGAAAUUCCGCGAGGCCUGCAUCGAGUUGCUACCGCACACCUUCCAAAUCCUCCCCAGAGUGCCCGAGCGGAUCCGACGGAGAAUCCAGCCCAGCACAGUCUACGUCUGCGCCGAGAACCAAUCUGCCGUUUAGGGGCGAGACUAGGAGCAGAGGAGAUGGGGAGACGGACGGGUUCCAGGCUGCCGUCCAUCUGUCUGUCCUUCCGCUCGGCCUCCCGGCACUUCCACCACGGUCAGCAUUUUGUGGUGGCGGCACAGUGGUUAAGAGUUCGGCUGCUAACCAAAAGAUUGGCAGUUCGAAUCCACCAGCCGCUCCUUGGAAACCCUAUAGAGCAGUUCUACUCUGUCCUAUAGGGUCACCGUGAGUAAGAAUCAACUUGGCAGCAUCAGGUUUGGUUUUUUUGGUUUAUUUAAGCACAAAGGUACUCAUUUGUUGCCA